CCCUCGUUUUAUCGGUUAUCAAACUAGCUUUUGUUGCACGCAGCCUCAACCUCAGCACUCUGCCCCCAUUCUUCCGCUACUCUUUUUCUUCAUAUCCCAUCUCCGCCACCGUUAUCUUCUCAUCUUCACCGCACCGCCACCGUCUGCUGGCGACAACCCUGCAAUUAAGUAUUCUUGAUACAAUAAAGCAAUCUACGCAUUGUGGCAGUUUUCUUGGCGAAGGGCGAAGGGCGAAAGGCGGUAAAAGGAGAUAAUGGAUGAUAAGCUUGUAAACUCUGUACGCUCUACUGUUUUCAAAGACUCAGAUUCCCUUGAAGGGACUUGCACUAGAAUUGAAGGUUAUGAUUUCAAUCAGGGUGUAAACUACUCCAGACUUCUCAAAUCCAUGCUUUCCACUGGAUUUCAAGCUUCCAAUUUUGGAGAAGCUGUUGAAAUUGUCAAUGAGAUGUUAGAUUGGAGGCUUUCUGAUGAGCCUAUAGCUGAGGACAGCAGUGAAGAGGAGAAGGAUCCUACCUACAGAGAAUCUGUGAGAUCCAAGGUGUUUUUGGGGUUCACAUCAAAUCUUAUUUCAUCUGGUGUUCGAGACACUGUUCGAUAUCUUACUGAGCAUCACAUGGUAGAUGUAAUAGUUACUACAACUGGUGGCAUAGAAGAAGAUAUUAUAAAAUGUCUUGCUCCAACAUAUAAGGGUGAUUUUUCGCUACCUGGUGCUCAGUUACGUUCAAGAGGAUUGAAUCGCAUUGGUAACUUGUUGGUUCCUAAUGACAAUUACUGCAAAUUUGAGGAUUGGAUCAUUCCAAUUUUUGAUCAGAUGUUGAAGGAACAGCAUGAAGAGAAUGUAUUGUGGACUCCAUCAAAGUUAAUUGCACGUUUGGGACGAGAAAUAAAUAAUGGAAAAUCAUACCUCUACUGGGCAUACAAGAACAAUAUUCCUGUUUUCUGUCCUGGAUUAACAGAUGGCUCUUUAGGGGAUAUGUUGUAUUUUCAUUCUUUUCGCAGCCCAGGUCUGAUAAUUGAUGUAGUGCAAGAUAUUAGGGCCAUGAAUGGUGAAGCAGUCCAUGCAAGUCCUAGGAAAACAGGAAUGAUUAUUCUAGGAGGGGGAUUGCCGAAGCAUCAUAUCUGUAAUGCUAAUAUGAUGCGUAAUGGUGCCGAUUAUGCUGUUUACAUAAAUACUGCUCAAGAGUAUGAUGGGAGCGAUUCCGGAGCCCGCCCAGAUGAAGCUGUUUCAUGGGGGAAAAUACGAGGCUCUGCUAAAACAGUUAAGGUACAUUGUGAUGCAACUAUUGCUUUCCCUCUUCUGGUAGCUGAAACAUUUGCUUCAAGGUCGAAAAAUUUUGCGGCCUAGUACCAUUGUUUUCAACCGCACAGAUUCAUCUAAAUAUCUUAUUAUUUAUCUCUGUGGUGGCAUCCUAAUGAAGACAGAUGAUUUCUCAUGAUAUUAUUUAUCAGGUAACUUGUACUUUGCCAUGGUAACCAAACCAUGCUGAGAGUUGUCGAAAUUUGUUUUAAAGGGAGAGUUUAUUAUAGUGUAGAAGAGUCAGACGAAUCUGUUAUCACUCUUUCUAGUUCGUUGUAUAAGAAUUUUGGUUGUAGUGUAGAUGCUAUUGAUGAAAUUGCUUUCAUUUUA